UUGAAGGAAGAGACAACAUGAACAUGUUUCUAGCUCUCUUGCCUCGUAAGGAUCUGUCUGUCAUGUGGAAGAGAGAUGAGAGUAAAACAGUGUAUGUCGGUCGACGUCAAGUGUGCAACAAUCAGAUGACCACCUUCAGUUCAUCUACAUUUGGUAUGUUUCAAUGUAAGAUUUGUACUACAUUAGAUAAAAAGGCACAGCUGUGGAGGGAUGGACUGAUUUUAUUGCAAGUUCAUGCAGUUCAUUCUCAUGUUGAGUGUUUGGUGGCCAUGCACACGGUAGAUCUUGUUCUCUUGUUCAUUCUGUCUACUUUGUAUGUCGUGGAGGCAAAGGAACAGAAGCAGGAUGUGUUUCACUACUCGACACUGUCAUGUCUCUUUGGAGAGGUAUGUUAGACAAAUACAGUCCAGGCACUAAACAUCAGACCGAAUAUUUGAGCAGAAAGCAUUUAGAAGAACACAGAGAACUGACACAAGUUGCUGUUUACUCUGAGGAGGAAAUUGAAGAAGCAAAACAAACGGGAGAAGGAGCAAAUGCUGCUGUCAAACAAGUAGUUGGCGAUGAGCGAGUGGUAGAAAGUCUUGGUGACCUGCUGGUUGUUAAAAGUCAGGCAGCCUUGGUAGCAUUGAGUGCUGUUACAAGGGCUGUUAUCACUGAGGGUUCAGCUCAAUGGUAUUCAUUUGGAGCAACACUAGGGUUUAGUCAUGAUCGUAUUGAGGCCUUGUGUCAUGAUAAAGUGACUCCUGCUGACAAGUUGUUUGCACUUGUCCAAGUGAAGGCAAAACAAGUUGGCCCUGUGCAAAUUGACGAUCUGCUCUUGGAGGCAUGUCAACAUUUGCCAACUCCUAUUGAUAGUGUGGUCAAGGAAAAGCUUAGAAUUUAGUGAUGACAUGGAAUUUGACAAAAGGAUUUGUUGAUAAACAGGACACCAAAUAAGUGUCCAACAAGUUUAGCUGAUACAUGUUUUAGCAUCUAGUACUGAUAACGUUUAUGGAGAUUAUUGUAUCUCUUGUUUGUGACAUUAUCAAACAAGGUAUUUUUAUAGCAGUUACCCUGGAG